GAAAAAUAUAAAUGAAUAGUAAUAAUAAAAAAGUUGUACUAUACUUGAAUGUAUUUGUAAUUUAUCCUUUAAUCAUGUGAACAUUUAUAAUUAAUUUAAAUUUUAAUUGGUUGAAAAAGUUCGGAGAAUCUGAUCCAUUAUUGGAACCUAUUUUCCUUUAAAGGUAAAAAAUCUUAUGGGAACCCCAAAAAUAUAAUUCAUUGUUCAAUCUUUUUGAUAUCUUUUUUUGAUAUCUUAAAAAUAGUGUUUCGUCAUAAACCAUUUAAACUUUGUAAGUUUGUAUGCUUUGUAUGCUUUGUAUGAGUCAUGAGAUGUCAUGAGAUCAUCAUCGAAUCAUUUCAUUUGAACGUUAUUUUCUAAACGAAAUGAUGAAAAAGAAAACAUACCGUAUAUAUAUAUAUAUAUACUUGUCGCAUAUGGUAGGUUUUGAUCGAUUUACACAUACAUUACAUACGCCUUGUUUUGUUCUCCUGAUCAAAUUUUUAAGAGAAAAACAUUCUUUAAAGUUAUACUCGUUUUUUUUUUAUUUUAAAACAAAGUUGAAUCGAAAUUCUAUUGUUUUUAUCAUGCAAAAGAAAAAAGAAGGUUCAGGAGAGAAUUUCUUUUCUUAUUGUUCUUAAAUAAUUGUUUUAUUAAACUAUUAACCCGCAGAUUUUCACUUGUUCGAUCAUUUUGAUUAUUAUAAAAAAUUUUUCGAAAAAA